CACACCAGGAAAAAAUAAUUUCCAACACAAACUUCGAGCUUCUUCUCUCAGGCAACCAAAAAUGGCAGUAACAGGAACAACGGGAUUAAUUCUUAACUUGGUUUCAGCAUCAUGGGAUACAAAGCCAAUAAAAAGAAUACCUAAUCCAACCACUAUCCCAAACCCUUCUGUCAAGAACCCUAAAGCAAAAUCAACUACUAUCAAGAAGAAGAGGGAACUGAUUUCUACUUCAGAAUUACUCAAAUUAAACCAUACAAACCCAACAAACACUAAAGGGAAGGUAGAUGAGUCGCAUUUGGGUUGUGAAAGAUGGUUGCCUUCUGCACCAGAAGUAAAGAAGCCUCGGUCUAUUUAUAAUGCUGCAUCUUUAGCAUAUCUUGGAGAUUGCAUUUAUGAGUUAUAUGCUCGUAGACACUUUUUAUUCCCUCCUUUGACAGUUGAGGAAUACAAUGACCGCGUUAUGGCUGUAGUGCGUUGCGAAGCUCAGGAUGCACUGCUCAAAAAACUUCUCUCCGAUGACUUCUUAUCAGUAGAAGAAAGGGAUAUCCUUCGAUGGGGCAGAAAUAUUGACACUGGGAAAACAAAGACGACACGACGUGCUGGUGCAGCAGUGUAUAACAGAGCUUCAUCCCUUGAAACACUGGUUGGUCAUCUUUACCUGACGAACGCUGAACGAUUAGAGGAAAUUAUGGUGAGGAUCGGAUUUACUACUGUUAAGUUUUCUGGAUCGACUUCAGGACUUGGGAUAUUGGUUGGUUCCAGUCGUUCCGCUGGAACGCUGCCAAUUGUUUUUGGCACGUAACCUCGAACAAAUCACAAGUAAAAGGUUCUGGUUUUGGAAUCCUGAUCAAUAUCCGAACCUUGAAUUGUUGGAAAUGCUAAGAACUGGAUUUGGUUAUUCUAAUUAGGAGACGUUAACAUCAAGAGAAUGGUAUUGGAUAUGGUGGGCUGAACAAUUUUACACGCAACAAACACUUGUUGCAUAAAUCCGAAAAAGACCUACUUUUGCACAAUGCAAAUAUAUUGCUCGCGCUCAUCUACUGUAUAUCAACCUUAUCCUCUUUAUAGAUGUUUAGAUUCAAUAAUUGUUGUUCAUGAUG